CCUCAGACUCGGAUGGCCGGACUGCCUCGCCAGCCACCUUCUGAUUCCGACAUAUCAAGACCUCCUUUCAGGUCACUUUGUGACCUCCGACCUGUCGUUCCGAACCACCUUCUCUCCCUACACUUUCCUUUCUCUUGUCACUCCUUUUAAUCCAUUUUCGGACGGUCAAGAUGCCGCCAACCCUCGACCUCAGUCGGACGAGACAUUCAAAAAUGACCGUGUCGCGGCCUCGCAUAAACCUCCGCAGGGCGGCUUCAUACAAUCAUGACAAAGGCCCAAUGUCGUCGACCUCUUCCAGCUUCAGUUUUAACCACCUCCUCUUCUCACCUCCGCCCUCACCGGGACUCCCGGCGCUGACUCCCCGGUUUCGGAAAUCGCCCACCGGCCUGACCGGCUUUGUCCGUCCAAGUCGCGUGCUGCGGCUCAUCGGAUGGAUUCUUGGCGCCGUAUGCCUAUUUUAUCUCGCCACCUCGGCCGUCCGCCAUGCGCCCGCCAUCCCGAUACUCAGUUGGUCUUCUCGACCACACGAUCGGCGUGACGUUGCAACCCAGGACAACCUCCCCGACUUUCCGACUCCUGUCAUGGUCGCCGACAAGCGAGGCAGGACGAAAUGGACCGUCUCGAUCCCUUCCAGCUAUGACUUCCCUUUAAGCAUAAGUCAGUAUGCCGACAUGUGUGCCAAAUGCAGGGAGGUGUCAGGUAGAGUCCAGACACUGCGCUCUCAAAGCCAUGGUCUCCCCCACACGAUUCUCGCCUUUGGCUCGUCCGGCUCCGAGCCACGUGACCCCCACUUUGUUGAUGUCCACGAGGCCGAGAAGCAUGGGUUCCUUCCAGGGUUGGCAGACGAGAGCAGUAAGCUGAACAAGCAAGCCUACGAGAGCGACCUGGUUGGGGAGAGCAAAGGAGGCCUGGCAGACAUGCCAGUCUGCCAGACCAGCAUGACCUUCGUGCUGGAAUCUGCCGAGGCCGGCCUAGGAAAGACUUUGAUGAUGCUGUGGACAGCUUACGGGGUGGCCCGGAGGGAGGGGCGGGCCUUCUUCAUCGACGACACACGAUGGGCGUACGGCAGAUACACUGAUAUCUUCCAGGCCCCUUCAGACCAGGGAUGUCGUGACCCCCGCCGCCACGAAAUGCUCCCCUGUCCCCGUCAGGCGCGCCACUUGGUGGUGUCGGUAGCAACUGCGAUGGAUAUCCUUGGAGACUCUAAUAGUGGUCCGUCAGACGCGGAACCCGCGGAUACACCUAGUCAGGAGGCCAUGUUCAGUCUUGCCAGGCAGGGCUAUGAUGCUCUCUUCAAGCUCAACAAGGAGGACAGCGAGUAUGUUGAUGACAGGGUGCGCGAGUUGAUGACCAAGCGCGUCGUGCCCAAAUCGAAAGGGAGACAAAACGGCAUGGCUAUCGGCGUCCACGUUCGCCGUGGCGAUCUGCACCCGUUAGAGUACCAGUACCGAUACUCCUAUAUGCCGUUGAAUGUCUACGCAGAGGCGGCCCGUCGGCUGCAGGAGGACAGGUAUAACGACACCGGACCCGAUAGACGGGAGGAUAGGGCUGCCAAGGAGCAUUCGUUCCUCGUGCUGGCGUCCGAUGACCCAAUGGUCUAUGAAGCGGACGAGUUCGCGGCGGCAAACAGGGCACAGGAGCGGAUCAAGCUAGCCAGCAAGACUGCCAGCCAGAAUUCGAACCCGGACAGGCGCGUGAUGCGCAAGUUCGUCGACGAGUCGUUUGGCUGGGAAGGAGGAUUCUUCGCGCCAAUGUUCUGGAACCUGGGGCUGGUGUCGCCGACGGCAACACAAGCGGACCCAUCUGCUGAGACAAUUCGGCUUAGGAGUCUGAUUGGGAGGGCAUAUAUGAUGGAUCUGGCCGUGUUGGCGGACGUGAGCGACGUCGUCAUCUGCACAGUCAGCGCGACUGGCUGCCGGUUGCUGGCGGUUAUGAUGGGCUGGGAGAGCGCCAUGGAGAAGGGCAACUGGGUCAACGUCGAUGGCCGCUACGAGUGGACAGGCAUCUCGUAACGAGGUCUUCCGUUCUCGUCUGACUUCGGCGUCUCUGUUGUCUCUCUCCCUUGAGGUUUCAGGGUUCACUUCAUAGCAUGGUAGCAUCGGGAUGGCGUUUAAGGCUCCGGGAUGAGGGCAAGGGUUUUUGUUUUUCUUUUUUCCCCAAGGGGUCUGAUACCAUCGCAUCGAGAGAUUUCACUAUGUAACAAAGGCAAAUUGCAUGUAAGAUAGCAACAACUACGCGCUCGCAAGAGGAAGCACUAAUAUUUUGUUCAAAGACGCAGCCCGCGUCCCGGUUACUUCCACGUCAUCAUCGCCAU